AUGAAGUCCUUAGUAUCGACUACUAAAGAUCUGCAGAUCAGCGAAACUAGUUCCGGGUGCCCUGCAAUUGACCAACUCAUCGAGUCGUUUAAGACUCUUCACAAUGAUGAUCCGGCUGAAGAACAUCUUGGAUGGGUUCCUCCCACAAAGGUCAAAGUUAAAAACUUGAUUCAGGUUUCUCCCGAAAAAGCCAUAUACUAUG